AAGGCCCCUCUCUACUCGCGUAGUCUUACUAAAUAUGCCUUAAAGCUAAAGGCUAGAGGGCAUAAAGACCGAAAUAUUACACCGAUAGCUAGCCGUUAUCUUAGAGCACGUAGCGCUAAUAGCCCCUUAGAUACUUCUUAUUAUUCCGACUUAGAAGAUAUAGACUUUUCUACCGACCCUAGUGUAUUAUUUAGCUCCGAGGCGACUUAUAUUCUCGGCCCCGAGUUUCAAAUAACAUUCCCGGGUUAUUAUACCGGUCGGGUAACUUACAUCCACGUUCUUACUCACCCGGCUAGCGAGACUAAGGUUCUUCUAAAUAGUACUAUCUCGGGUCUAUAUAAGACGCACUCUUCCUAUAUUAGUUAG